AAAAAAAUAAAAUAAAAAAUUAAGUAGAUAAUUUAAGAAGGAUUAAUAUUACUCCCUCUCUAAAAAAAUAAAAAUUUUCUUAUAUUAAGAAUCGAUGAAUCAUAUUUGAGUUUAAUUUACCACCCACACAUCCACCCACCUUUUGCAGCCAAUUUGUCUCUUCGCUGGUGAGGGGACAGAUUGCCACCAACCCAGCUAACCAAAAUCAAAACGCAGAGAGAAAACAAAAAAAACAAAAAAAAACGCCAAGAGAAAAAGAAAAAAAAUAGAGAGAGAGAACAUAACAUAAACACAGAGAGAGUGAAACAUAGAGAGACAGACAACAUUGUGUGCUGUGUUUGUGCGCAAGGCACGGAGAUCUAAAUAACAUCUUGGGAUGGGGUGACUGACACAUAAAAUUCAACAUAAAAAAAAAUGAAAAACAGAGAAAAUAAAAAGAGCUGAACUUGUUCAUCGCCGCCAUUGGAAAUCACAACCCAAUUGUUCAAAAUUUCAUUUUUACUUUCUUUUUGGUUGUUUGUACUCAUUCAAGAAUAUCAGAAUUUUGUUCAUUCAAUUUUGGAAUUUGAGAAACAAAAUCCAAAUUUAACCGAUCAGAAGCAGAAACUGUGAUGACUUGGUUGACUUUGUAGUCAAAAGCAUAUUCAUGUGGAGGUUUUGCUUCACUUCAUGUAUUUCAAGGAUUGAUUGAGUUCCUACAACAUCAGAAGACAAAGCCGUGAUGGCAAAUCGGUCUCACGCAGAUUCUAGGAGAAUGUAUUCUUGGUGGUGGGAUAGCCACAUAAGUCCUAAGAACUCAAAAUGGCUCCAAGAAAAUCUUACAGAUAUGGAUGUCAAGGUGAAGCAAAUGAUUAAGCUCAUUGAAGAAGAUGCAGAUUCCUUUGCCAGGAGAGCAGAAAUGUACUAUAAAAAACGCCCAGAGCUUAUGAAAAUGGUUGAAGAGUUUUAUAGGGCAUACCGAGCAUUGGCUGAGAGAUAUGAUCAUGCAACUGGAGUUAUCCGCCAUGCCCAUCGGACCAUGUCUGAAGCAUUUCCUAAUCAAAAUCCUAUGAUGAUCACAGAUGAUUUUUCUGCGGUUCCGCCCAUGGAGACUGAGCCACGCACGCCAGAAACACAUCACCCUUCGCAUGCAUUUGUUGACUCAGAGGAUUCAGAAAAGGAUUCUCAUGUUAUCAAAAGAAAUGGAGCGCAUGGUGAAGAGCCUAAUUCUUCUUUGAACAAGACAGGUUUAAGACAGCUCAACGACCUCUUCAUCCCUGGAGAGCAUGCAAAGUUUGCAGAUGGGCAUGCUAGAAGGGGGCUCAAUUUUUUAGAGACACAGGAGAGUGGCGAGCAAAACAAUGGAAGCCAUGGCACUAAAAAUCAAGUCUUGUCUGAGUCUGAACGCGUGACAAAAGCUGAAGCAGAAAUUUUGGCCUUGAAAAAAGCCCUUGCCAAAUUAGAAGAUGAAAAGGAAGCUGGCUUGCUUCAGUAUCGGCAGAGUGUUGAGAAAUUGUCUAAUCUUGAAUCAGAAGUAUCUUCUGCACAAGAGAAUUCUCAAAGACUCGAUGAACGAGCAAGCAAAGCAGAAGCCGAAGUUCAAGAUUUGAAGGACGCAGUAAUCAAAUUACAGGCUGAAAGGGAAGCUAGUCUUCUUCAGUACCAGGAAUGCUUGGAGAAAAUAACCGAUCUGGAGAAAAAUAUUUCUUUUGCUCAGAAGGAUGCAGGAGAAUUUAAUGAACGUGCUACUAGAGCUGAAACUGAAGUUGAGUCGUUGAAGCAGGACCUUGCUCGAGUAGAAGCUGAAAAGGAAGCUGCCCUUGUUAAAUAUAAACAGUGCUUGGAGACAAUAUCGAAACUGGAGGAGAGAUUAAAAGAAUCUGAGGAGAACGCUAGAAGGAUUAAUGAGCAAGCUAAUAUAGCUGAAAAUGAAAUCAAGGUUUUGAAGCUGGAAGUUACUAAACUUAAUGAAGAGAAGGAAGACGCUGCUCUCCGGUAUCAGCAAUGCUUGGAGAUAAUUUCCAGUUUGGAACAUAAACUCUCUUGUGCUGAAGAGGAGGUGUGUAGGUUAAAUUCUAAGAUAGAAGAAGAGGCUGAAAAGUUACAUAGUUCUGAGGAGAAGUGUGUUCUUUUGGAAACAUCAAAUCACGCUCUACAUUCUGAAUUACAGUCUUUGGCACAAAAGAUGGGGUCUCAAAGUGAAGAACUUAAUGAGAAGCAGAAAGAAUUGAGUAAACUUUGGAGUUGCAUGCAAGAGGAGAGACUGCGAUUCAUUGAGGCUGAAACUGCUUUCCAAACUCUUCAGCAUUUGCAUUCUCAAUCUCAGGAAGAGCUUAGAUCUCUUGCUUCUGACUUUCACAGUAAAGUGGAAAUACUCGGAAAUGUGGAAUCACGUAAGCAGGCUCUAGAGGAUGAAGUGCACAGAGUGAAUGAGGAAAACAAAAUUCUAAAUGAGCUCAAAAUUUCUUCAUCUUUGUCUAUAAAAACUUUGCAGGAUGAGAUAUUGAAUUUGAAAGAGACAAUAGAGAAACUUGAACAGGAGGUUGAGCUGCGACUUAAUGAAAGAAACGCUCUUCAGCAAGAAAUUUACUGUCUUAAAGAGGAGCUUAACGAUAUGAAUAAAAAACACGAUGCUAUAAUCGAGGAGGUCAGGUCAGCUGACUUAGACCCUCAGUGCUUUGGCGCAUCUGUGAAAAAUUUGCAAGAAGAGAACUCAAAGCUGAAGGAGACAUGUGAGGCCGACAAAGAUGAGAAAGCAGCUCUUUUGGUAAAAUUGGAAAUCAUGGAGAAACUUUUGGAGAAAAAUUCUGUUUUAGAGAAUUCCAUUUCAGACUUGAAUGCUGAAUUGAAUAGCGUCAGAGGAAAGGUAAAUGUGUUGGAAGAAACAUGCCAGUCGCUGCUUGUGGAGAAAUCAGCUCUUGCUGCCGAGAAGGCCACCUUGUUUUCUCAAUUACAAGCCACAACUGAAAAGCUGGAGAAGCUCACAGAAAAUAACAACCUUUUGGAAAACUCACUAUUUGAUGUCAACGCUGAACUUGAUGGAUUAAGAGGAAAGUCCAAGAUCUUAGAAGACACAUGCCAGUUACUUGAACAUGAGAAGUCCGGUAUCUUUUCGGAGAAAGAAGCCUUAUUUACACAGUUGAACACAACACACCAAACACUGAAAGAUCUUGAAAAACAACACAGUGAAUUGGAAUUAAUGCAUUCGGAGCUAAAAGGAGAAAGGGAGUCUGCACUUAAAAAGGUGGAAGAGCUAUUGGUUUCCCUAUAUUCCCAAAGGGAAGAACAUUGCAGAGUUGUGAAGUUGAAUGAAGAUGAACUGGCGAACAAGGAAUUGCAAAUUCAUACUAUGCAAGAAGAUGCAAAGUACCGGAAAGAGGAAUACAAUGAGGAACUGGAUAGAGCUAUACAUUCUCACAUUGAAAUUUUCAUCUUGCAGAAGUUUAUCCAAGAUUUGGAGAAAAAGAACUUUUCCCUUCUAGUCGAGUGCCAGAGUCUUUUGGAAGCGUCCAAAAUGUCCGACAGAAUGAUUUCUAAGUUGGAGACUGAAAAUAUUCAUAAGAAAUAUGAUGUGGAUUCUUUGUCUGAGAAAAUUAAAAUACUAAGGAUUGGGCUGCUUCAGGUGUUGAAGACUCUUGACAUUAACGGCAAAAAUUUCUUCGAAGAUAUGCUUGAUGAAGACCAAACUCUCCUGAACCAUAUACAUGGAAAACUUAAGGAGAGACAAAAGUCUUUUGACACAAUUUUCGAUGAAAGACACAACUUGGCCGUUGAGAAUUCAGUUCUGAUUACAUUUCUUGAGCAGUUGCAACUAAAGGUAGAAAAUCUUGUGACAGAAAAAGGUGCGCUUGAUGAGGAGUCCAGGAUACAGUCAGAGAAGUUCACUGAAUUGCAAAUAGAGUUCCAAAACGUAUUGGAAAAUAAUCAGGAGUUGAAGUUGACAAUAAGCAAAGGAGAAGAGAGAAUGGAAGGAAUGACAUCUGAAAUAGAGAAUCUACGCAAAGAGCUAUCGGACUUUGAAAAGAGCCACAGAAGCUUAAAGGAAGAAAGUUGCACGAUACUUGAAGAGAAAAACUCCUUGAUGGGAAGAUUUAAAGAUCUGGGUGAGGAGAAGGGUAACUUGGAAGAAGAAAUUUGUGUCCUGUUCCAUGAGAGAUUAGUUCAAUCUAAUAUAUCUGUGGUUUACGAGAAUAUUAUCUUUGAAAAACUCCGGGAACUUAGACAGUUUGGUCAGGAACUUGGUAAGCUCUGUUCUGAAAAUAAUAACCUUGAGGCGAGAUUGAAAACAAUGGCACAGAAAUUAGAAAAUGCAGAAAUGGAAAAUUCACAUCUUAAAGAGUUAUUUGUAAAGUCAAAUGUUGAAUUGGAUUUAGUUGAAUCUGUCAAUGAUCAAUUGACUUGUCAGAUUAGUAAUGAAAGGGAAAUGUUGAAUCAAAAGGAAAAAGUGCUUUUGGAAACAGCCAAGACGUUUCAUGCUUUACACACUGAGAAAAAAGAAUUGCAACGAACGGCGGAAGAUCUGAAGGUUAGAUAUGAGGAUGCCAAGGUGAAACUUGAAGAGCAAGCAAAUCAAAUUUUCAAAUUGUCCUCAGACAAGGAUCGUCAAAAUGAAGAGCUUGGAUGCCUUCACGAAGCGAACCAGAAACUGGAGUCUGAAAUGAAGUGCCUACACCAAGAACUUGAAGAAACUAAACUGAAGGAAAAGAAGCUAAGUCACGAAGUGCAUGAACGUAUGAAUGAGAUUGAACAAUGGGAAACUCAGGCUGCAGCACUCUAUGCUGAACUGCAGAUUUCUGUUGUCAAUGAAACACUAUUUGAAGGGAAGGCCAGUGAGCUAGCUGAUACAUGCGAGGAUCUUGAGCACACAAACAAGUCGAAAGACAUGGAAAGUGAACCGCUGAAAGAAUUAGUUAGCAAGUUGCAAGGUGAAAACGGGAGACUCUAUGAUCAAUUAGCUGCUUAUGUCCCAGCUAUUGGUGCUUUGAAUGAUUGUGUAACAACUCUGGAGAUGCAGACUCUUGGACAUGCAAAACAUGAAAAACCGGAGGUUAAAAAUUUGGUGAAUCACCAAUACACUGAAAAUGGUCAACAUACAGAUGAAGAUCAUACUGUUACGGCAUCAGAUCCACUCCUUGACUUUCAAGACCUGCAGAGGAGGAUCAAUGAAAUUUCAGUGGCAGUUAAGAAUAUAAACGGAAGUUUCAAACCAAAGGAGAAUGAACAGAAGAUGGGGAAGUCAAGGCCAGAUAAUCCUGUAAGUGAGAUUGAAGUACUGCCAAAAGACAUAAUGCUUGAUCAAAUAUCUGAAUGUUCCUCAUAUGGAGUAAGUAGGGGAGGAACUCUUGAAUCUGAUGAUCAUAUGCUUGAGUUAUGGGAAACAUCUGAUAAGACACAGAAGAUGGCGGCAGAACCGGUAGAAAAUCGUCGUCAAAGAGGAGCAGCCAAGGAAACCAACAACAAACAUCCUUCAGGAGAUUACUUGGUGGAAAAGGAAUUGAGCGUGGACAAGUUAGAGAUCUCGAGAAGAUUGUCACGGCCCCGUGAAGAAGGCAACAAGAGCAAGGUUUUGGAAAGACUUGAUUCUGAUUCACAGAAGUUAACAAACCUUCAAAUAACGAUACAAGACUUGAUGAAGAAAGUGGAAAGCACUGAGAAGAGCACAAAGGGGAAAGGUUCCGAGUAUGAAACGGUUAAAGGGCAGCUUGAAGCUUCUCAGGAGACCGUCACAAAGUUGUUUGAUGCGAACCGCAAGUUGAUCAAGAAUGUAGAAGAGGGUGCAUUGUCUUCAUCUGGAACGGCUGAAUCAGCGUCAGAUGAGAUUGGAAAUGUCAGCAGGAGGAGAGUUUCAGAACAGGCGCAGAGAGGAUCUGAAAAAAUAGGACAACUUCAGUUGGAGGUGCAAAGACUACAGUUUCUUCUUUUGAAACUCAAUGAAAGCAAAGAUAAAACAAGAACGGAUGAUCGAAGUCCGAGAGUACGUCUGCGGGAUUAUCUCUAUGGUGCAACAAGAACCAACCACCAAAAGAAGAAGAAAUCACCGUUUUGUGCGUGUGUAAGACCACCCACCAAGGGAGAUUGAUUUUUACCAUACUUUCUCCAUAUGAUAUGAUACAUUAGAUUUCUUGUUUGUAUAUUUUCCUUUCUAUAGAUGCUUUAAGGCCAUACAAAUCAUAUUUUGAUCCUGCUAUACAUUUCUGUGCCUCGUGUAUUUCUAAGAGGCUAAGAUGGAACUUUGCUAUUUCUUUUUCUUAUUUUUUUUUAUGUUAAAUUUUGAAUAAUCCCUUCCUUUAUUUCUGGUUUAGUGCAUGUGUGGAUAUAGUGGAAUAUGUAAAAAGUUAUUUUUUUCUGAUUGGUCACUUAUAUCAUAUCAGAUUUUACCUUCAAACAA